GUUUCGGUGUCACGCCAUCCCCCCACCGCGCAGCUAGGCGCGCGCGAGCCUCGCGAUAGCCUCGCCUACCAGAAUCAAAGCUCCGCUCGCGAACUGGAUGCUGACAGGCGCGCGUACGGUCAUCAUGCAAAGGUUACGUUGGAUCGGUUUCAACGAGUCUCGAAAGAAGCCGCUCCUCCGCAGGACCCGCACGGAGCACAAAAUGCGAGACGUCUAGCGACUCCGACAGCCACGGAGUUACUCACGUUUACCGGCCCGUUUGGCGACGGCAGGUGUCAAGAACCAUGAACGCGAGUUCGGGAUUUCCGCGAACGGCAGUGUGUACGCUGGCUCCUCACGGCGGUAAAGUGGCUUCAUGAGUGUCCAAAGUAACAGUGGAAGUGGUGGUGGAAGUUUGGAGGCGACGCCAUCUUGGUCGCAGCUCUCCUCGUCCCCAACGAUUUCUCAACCACAAAUAACGGCGACCGCAAAGAGCAAGGAAGGCCCAAUGGAGGAGCUGCACAGCCUGGACCCCAGGAGACAGGAGCUGCUGGAGGCCAGGUUUACAGGAGCUGUCAGCGGCAACACGGGAGGCAGCACUGGGAGCACGAGCGGCGGUGCUAAGGGUCUGGCUAAUGAAUCCUCUAAUCACAGCUAUGGAAGUCUGGGAUCAUCUAGUGACAAAGAGUCAGAGAACUCUGAUUUGAAAAGAGGGAGCUCUCCUGCCUACUCAACUCCGGAGAAGAAGCACUCUGAGUCGUCCAGAGGGAGAAAAAGGAAAGCCGAUACCUAUUCAGAGAGUAGUCAAGGAAAGACCUCGACACGUGGGCCCAAGAUCAGUGACUAUUUUGAUUUCCAGGGUGGAAAUGGUUCCAGUCCAGUCAGAGGUCUCCCAUCAGUUCGCCGCUCUCCGCAGAACUCACACUCUGCCCCAGGCUCCAUCAUCCGGCAGAAUAGCUCCUCACCUACUAGUCUGUGCUUUGGAGAGCACAAUCUCAAAGCUUCCUCAAGCAAAUGUGUCCAGACUGAACUGACGGGCCUAAAACUCGCUGCCCUGGAGAGCAACAAAAGUUUGGACCUGGAAAAGAAAGAAGGGCGAAUAGAUGACCUGCUCAGGGCUAACUGUGACCUGCGACGGCAGAUUGAUGAACAGCAAAAACUCCUGGAGAAAUACAAGGAGAGACUCAACAAGUGCAUCACCAUGAGCAAGAAGCUGCUCAUAGAAAAGAGCACUCAGGAGAAGCAGUCAUGUCGCGAGAAGAGCAUGCAGGAUCGCCUCCGUCUCGGCCACUUCACCACCGUCAGACACGGAGCGUCCUACACGGAGCAGUGGACUGACGGAUACGCAUUCCAGAACCUGAUCAAGCAGCAGGAGGGCAUCAACCAGCAGAGAGAGGACAUAGAGCGCCAAAGGAAGCUGCUGGCAAAGAGGAAGCCUCCAAACCCUGCAGCUCCCUCCCUCUCUGUGGCCUCCGCAUCUGAGCCCAAGCAGCGCAAAACGAAGGUGGUUAACGGCAACGAUUCUGACCCCUUCCUGAAACCCUCAUUGCCCCAGCUACUGACCCUCGCUGAGUACCACGAGCAGGAAGAAAUCUUUAAGCUCCGCCUUGGACAUCUGAAGAAGGAGGAGGCAGAGAUCCAAGCAGAGCUGGAGCGGUUGGAGAGGGUGAGGAACCUUCAUAUCAGAGAGCUGAAGAGGAUAAACAACGAGGACAGCUCAGCAUUUAAAGACCAUCCCACCCUGAACGAGAGGUACCUUCUGUUGCACCUGCUGGGCAGGGGCGGCUUCAGUGAAGUCUAUAAGGCCUUUGACCUGUUUGAGCAGCGCUAUGCUGCUGUUAAAAUCCACCAGCUCAACAAGAACUGGAGAGAGGAGAAAAAGGAGAACUACCACAAGCAUGCAUGCAGGGAGUACCGGAUACACAAGCAGCUGGACCAUCCCAGAAUAGUCAAACUGUAUGACUAUUUUUCACUGGAUACUGACACGUUCUGCACGGUGUUGGAGUUCUGCGAAGGAAACGACCUGGACUUCUACCUGAAACAAAACAAGCUAAUGUCAGAGAAAGAGGCACGCUCCAUUGUCAUGCAAAUUGUCAGCGCGUUGCGCUACCUCAAUGAAAUCAAACCCCCCAUCAUCCACUACGACCUGAAACCUGGUAACAUCUUGCUGGUGGAUGGUACAGCAUGUGGAGAAAUCAAAAUCACAGACUUUGGCCUGUCCAAGAUAAUGGACGAUGACAACUAUGGUGUUGACGGCAUGGAUCUCACAUCACAGGGAGCGGGCACCUACUGGUACCUUCCUCCAGAGUGCUUUGUGGUGGGGAAGGAACCACCUAAGAUCUCCAACAAGGUGGAUGUCUGGUCUGUGGGAGUGAUCUUCUUCCAGUGCCUCUAUGGACGCAAGCCGUUUGGUCACAAUCAGUCACAGCAGGACAUCCUCCAGGAAAACACCAUCCUCAAAGCCACAGAAGUCCAGUUCCCAGCGAAACCACAGGCCAGCACGGAGGCAAAGGCGUUUAUCCGCCGCUGUCUGGCCUAUCGCAAGGAGGAUAGGUACGACGUUCACCAGCUGUGCUCGGACACCUACCUCCUCCCUCACAUGAGACGCUCAAACUCCUCCGGCUCUCUGCAGCCCUCCGCCUCAUCUCUUCCCACCUACUGACUAACAUUCUGAUGGGACCGUCUGGCCAGUCUUGAGGCAGGAAUGUUCAUCGAUUAGUAGAUGUGGAUCUUUGUUUUUUCUUUUUCUCCACCUGAGCUGUUGCUAAAACGGAUACAUUAGCAACAGAACAGGAGAAAAGAUGGAAAAAUGAGAGGAAGUAAAGGCUGAUCAGGCCCUUGAACUCAAUUGCGUGAGAGAGGAGACGGAGUAUAAAGCGAAGGAAUAGAUGGGGAGAAGAGCGGAAAGCAGACGAUGACGACGACGACGAUGAAUCUAGAGGAUUUGUUUAAGGAAUGAACUCCUUAAAAGACAUUAAAUGACCUGCUCCCUUCUCGUAGCUCUAUAUACAUCUACAUGUAGACACACGCACGUCAUAAAACACCUCAUGAGGUGGCUAAAACUCACGUCAACUUAACGCUGCAGUUACAGUCUCGAUGCUAAUGAGGGCGCUGACCAGCAGGGGUCAGAAGAUGGGGGUUAACGGACACGCAGAGGAGGCACCGGUGUUUGAGGCGACCUGCAGUUCAUUUUAAUGAGACGCCCUAAUGACUUUACCUGUAGCCUCCUAUCUGCACCCCACAGGGAUUAACUUAAAAAGUGAUCUGAGGACUUGGAAGUGACCACGUAACCUUUAUCAGACUUGAUGUUUUAAAAAAAAAAAAAGGAAAAAAUGACAUUUUAUUUCUGGAUUCAGUUUGCGUUUCCAAUCCAGAUUACCUUCAUCUGGUCUCCUAGCUGGCUUUUAGCACUGCAAUGUGGGCUUUAUUCCCGCUUCAUCAAAUUUCACUUCCAUUCACUUUUUUUUUUAUCCUCCUUUUUGUUGCAUUACAACAUAAUUGAGGUCUACAGGAAGUGGAUCUGUGAAUCUGUCUUAAUCGUUUUUUGUUCAGGUAAAAAAUCCGUCAUGUUGUCCCCCCUGCCCGCCCGCCAGCUCUCCUGAAGAAGAGGCGGUGGGGGGCGGGGGGCUGGAUCAGCUGUUACAGCUGUUGCCGUCAUCAGGACGCAGAAUUGGUUGUAGAUUUCACGUGCAGGAGACGUCAAUCAUUAGCAGAUCAAUAAUAUUGAGGCUUUUCCUUGCUACCACUUUGCUCCGUUUAAUUUGUAUCUCCUCCUGAAAGCUGUUCUCAGUUUGCUGCUAUAAGUGUCGCUUUUAGUUUGUAACACGUCUGUGAAUGAUUUUCACCUCGCAUAUGUGCAUACUUGAACUGUGUUAAGAGGAUUUUUUUGUUUUGUUCUUAUAAAAUAAGACGCCCGCUGUGCUGUUCAAGGGAAUGCGACACAUUCUUCUGCCACCAACAUUCAGCCUCUGUGUUUUUUUUGUUUUGUUUUUUUUUUUGGUCUAUUUCCCACCCACAAAACUUUUUUUGAUUAUUUUGAUGUAAAAGUCCGACAGACCUAUAGAGCAAAGGCCCAGUGCGCUGUGUAGUGAGAAAUGUUCAUGCCAGCAGAAGUGUGCACGCUCCAGGUUGGCUGUGGUUGCAGCGAGAUUUACUGCGGCUAGAGUUUGAGUGAAUAUAUCCAAAUGUUGUCAUUGUCUAAAUAAAACACUUACCUGUA